ACUUCCGGUCCGGAACUUCCGGUUGGGCACUUCCGGCUUCCUGUGUGGCCCCGGAGCGGCCGCUGAGGGCGGCGCGGGCCGCAAACAUCGCCGAGACCCUUCCAAAACCUUUUAAAUUCCACUUUUCACCACCCUCCCGUUGUUUCCCACCUUUCCAGAACCUUCUCGGGGUUUUUAACCUGGUUUCUGAGGCGCAGCCAUGACCCGGCACGGCAAGAACUGCACGGCGGGGGCCGUGUACAGCUACCACGAGAGGAAAAAGGACACAGCCGCCUCGGGUUACGGGACGCAGCGGGUGCGGGUUGGGCGUGACGCCAUCAAGGAUUUCGAUUGCUGCUGCCUGUCCCUGCAGCCCUGCCGGGACCCCGUGGUGACCCCCGAUGGGUUCCUGUACGAGCGCGAGGCCAUCGUGAAUUUUCUGCUGCACCAGAAAACCAAAAUCGCCCGAGAGACCAAGGCCUGGGAGCGGCAGCGCGCGCAGCGGCGCCGGCAGCGGGAGCAGCUGCGGGGGGAGGGCGCGGCCAAAGCGCUCCGGGGGUUCCUGGAGGCCGAGACCCCCCUGGGCAAGGGGGAGACCCCCGGGGGCAGCGCCCCCCCCGGGCCCCUGCCCAGUUUCUGGAUCCCGUCCCUGACCCCCGAGGCCGGAGCCGAGAAACUGCAGAGACCCGACCCGAGUGUCCGGUGCCCGAUGUCCGGCCGGAAGCUGCGCCUGGCCCAGCUGGUCAGUGUCCACUUCACUCCGGCCGAGCGCGGCCUGAGCCCCGGGCAGCUGCUGGCCCGAGAGCCGAGUGACCGCUACGUGUGCGCGGUGACCGGAGACCCCCUGGGCAACGCCACGCCCUGCGCCGUGCUGCGGCCAUCGGGGGCAGUGGUCACUCUGGACUGCGUGGCCAGGCUGAUCAGGAAGGACAUGAGGGACCCCCUGAGCGGGGAACCCCUGGCAGAGGACGACAUCAUCGAGCUCCAGAGGGGCGGGACCGGCUUUGCUGGGGCUGGGGUCUCCCUGGAAGCCAAAAAAUCCCGGCCAGUGAUGCAGGCUUAGGUGGGACCCCAAAAUUUGGGGCUCCCCAAAAUCCUGGACACCCCAAAAACCCCCAAAAUCCCUUUAAACCCCCCCA